AUGGCUUUAAAAAAGGUUAAAGGAAACUUUGAGAGGAUGUUUGACAAAAAUCUAACUGAUUUAGUGCGUGGAAUAAGAAAUAACAAAGAUAACGAGGCGAAAUAUAUAGCACAAUGUAUGGAAGAAAUCAAAGUGGAACUGCGUCAAGAUAAUAUAGGGGUGAAAGCUAAUGCCGUCGCUAAACUAACAUAUCUACAAAUGCUAGGAUAUGAUAUAUCUUGGGCCAUCUUCAAUAUAAUAGAAGUGAUGAGCUCAAAUAAGUUUACAUUUAAGAGGAUCGGAUAUUUAGCUGCCAGUCAGUCAUUUCACGCAGACUCAGAGCUGCUCAUGCUAACAACUAAUAUGAUUAGAAAAGAUCUGAACGCGCAGAAUCAAUAUGAAGCUGGACUAGCUCUUAGUGGACUUAGUUGUUUUAUAUCCCAUGACCUGGCAAGAGACUUAGCAAAUGACAUUAUGACCUUGAUGAGUUCUACAAAACCAUACCUAAGAAUGAAAGCAGUUCUGAUGAUGUACAAGGUUUUUUUAAGAUAUCCCGAGGCCCUAAGGCCGGCCUUCCCUAAACUUAAGGAGAAGUUAGAAGACCCCGAUCCCGGUGUACAGUCUGCAGCAGUUAAUGUAGUGUGUGAAUUAGCAAGGAAAAAUCCCAAGAAUUAUUUAUCAUUAGCGCCUGUAUUCUUCAAGUUGAUGACUACAUCAACAAAUAAUUGGAUGUUGAUAAAAAUUAUCAAAUUGUUUGGUGCCUUAACCCCAUUAGAGCCCCGACUUGGCAAGAAACUGAUAGAACCGUUAACUAAUUUAAUUCAUAGUACGUCGGCGAUGUCAUUGCUGUACGAGUGUAUAAACACAGUGAUAGCAGUCUUGAUCAGCAUCAGCAGCGGAAUGCCCGGACACGCUGCGUCAGUGCAACUCUGUGUUCAGAAAUUAAGAAUACUCAUAGAAGAUAGUGAUCAGAAUCUAAAAUACUUGGGUCUGCUAGCGAUGUCGCGGAUAUUAAAGUCACACCCGAAAUCGGUACAAGCUCACAAGGAUCUUGUACUGGCCUGCCUUGACGACAAGGACGAAUCAAUUAGACUGAGAGCACUAGGCCUUUUAUAUGGCAUGGUAUCCAAGAAGAACCUCAUGGAGAUAGUUAAGAAGCUCAUGGUUCAUAUGGAGCGCGCGGAGGGCACACUUUACCGAGACGAGUUGCUCACGCGCAUGAUUGAGAUUUGCGCGCAAAACAACUACCAGCACGUGGUCGACUUCGAGUGGUACGUCACAGUACUGGCUGAACUCACCGAGAUGGAGACCAGCGCUAAACAUGGUUGUAUGAUUGCCGCACAACUUACCGAGGUUGGAGCGCGCGUAGCGGAUGUGCGAGAAUUCGCUGCGCGCGAGUGCAGUGCGAUGUGCGCCCGCGCAGCCGCUGCACCGCCGGGGCCCGCUUCGCGAGAAGUUCUUUAUGCUGCGGCCUAUGUACUCGCUGAGUAUUGCAAUGAGGAAAGUGUGAUGCGCGAGUCGAUAACGCCCGUACUAGUGUGUGCGCGGGCGCACGCAGGAGGCGGAGGCGCUAUGAGGGCGCGGGCUGUCUGCGUCCAUGCUGCGUUGAAGUUGCUCGCUAAAUUACUUCUUCUUUACGAACAGCGCGGCGAACGUAAUAAUGCUAUAACUGUGGUGCACGAAGCGAUGGCAGGCUUCAAACCGCUGCUCUGCAGUGAAGAUAUGGAAGUGCAGGAGCGCGCUCACAACGCGACCGCCAUCCUGACUUUGCUUCUGCGGCGCAUAGACCCGAGCAACACCAUGCCCGACUUGGCUAAGGAACAACUCAUCACCGAUACACUCGUAGAACAUGACAGUAACGGUCUGGAUAACGAUACAGAGGAUGGCAUUAUAAACGGAGAGAUCGCGUCAAGUCCAUUCAGUGGUGGUCUUAUAGAAGAGCUGGCGAGUUUGUUCGAAGGAGAACUGAAGCCAGUCGCACCAAAAGCACAGAAGAAAGUGCCCGUUCCUGACGACUUGGAUCUAGAUCAGUGGCUGUCACACGAUCGCUGGUCCUCUGAAAGUUCGAGUUCUGAAGAUGAGAGCAAUGCACUGUUUACCGCUCCGCAGCCUGAUGCGAGGCCCGUCACCCAUCUUACUGCUGAUGAGUUGCAAAUGCUCCGAGAAGCUCGUAGACAAGAGCAAGCCAACAAUCCUCACUACUUGAAGGAUGACUCGCCUCGGUCCUACCAGCAGGACGACGUGCCCAUAGCGGAGAUAGCGUUAGAAGUACCGCUGCAAGUGCAAUCAAAAAGAUCUGAUAAGUACUUAGUAACGAAAGAGAGCAAUAAGAAGACAAAGAAAGAGAAGCGACACUCGAAAAAGCGCAAGAACAAGACUCAGAGACAUUCCACAGAAUCUGACAGUGAAGAUGCAGACGAGGCCAUUGUUUCCCGCCGACCAGCAGUAGAGACUGGUGGAGAGCUACCCGAAGGAGCUGCGCCCUCCGAUGAAGAACCUCAACCAGCGUCUACUGAUCCCCACCGUGCUCUAGACCUAGACCUCGAUAUACCACUUCGUGAAGAGGAAUUACUGGUGACGAGAGUGAAGCAAUAUCCCGCCCCGGGGGGUGAACUGAUACUCGAAAAGAAAAAAGAUAAGAAGAAGAAGUCCUCCGAUAAAAACUCGACUGAGAAGCCCGUAAAGAAGAAGAAGAAAACCUCUAAGCACACCAAAACCGCGGAACUAAUACCGGAAUUGAAGAGCGAGACCUCUGAUAACUUAGUAGUUAAUAAUAUAAGUAAUGACGUGGAGGGCGCGGGCGACGUCCCGCCCAACGCGACGCAGGUGAAAAACAAGACUGAAAAACAUAAGUCUAAAAAAGAUAAAGACUCGAAGAAGAAGUCUAAGAAAGAUAAGCACGAAACGAAAACGGGGUACGAGGAGGCGUUAGGUAUUUCUACGCCCAGCAAAGAAGUCAUUUAG